CAGGUUUUUAUUAUGACAGUAUUAAGAAACGCUACUAUAAGAUUCUAGAAAAUAGUAACAUUCAGAUGGCUAUUACAAAAGAAUCUAUUGCCAAGGCAGAAGCUGAGCAGAAAAGGCUGAAAGAUAUUAAAAAUCUGAAAGAGAAAAACAUAAAGCAAAGUGACGAGGUCAUCUAUGGUUUAAUCGAUUUGUUGUUUAAAUCGCGACAAGGUGACAUCAGCCAUCAGAAAUUCAAGACAACAUUUCUCAAGAAUCAUGCAACCAAUUUAUCUUUGACGGAUUCUAUUCGUGUUUUUCACAAUCCUGUCCAUGGCCACGAAUGUUUGGAGCACAUGUUGAAGAUGAUCUCGAGUCCUGACAGCGAUAAACUUUUGUGUUUAUGGACGGUGAAGGACACAAUCGUACAACAAUUACAUUUGGUUGAAGUCGAAGAAAAACCGCGGACGAAUAAUAAACAUUCGUUGUCUGUGGAACUCGGGAAAAGACAUGUGAUACAUUCCUGGCACAAAAUUACCAACGUCUGCUGGGCGCCAUUUCAAAAAUAUCCUGGACGAAAAAACAUUUUGUAUACGACGAAUUGUCAUCACACAGGACAGGCUUUAGUGUAUAUACGUGAUCUAGAUGUGGCUGUCAGUGAUGAUAUCGCGUUGUUUGAUUUCCGUGUUGGGUCUCAAGCGACGUGGACGUGUGCUUGGAAUAAACAGACUGAGAAGUUUUCUGUUGGUGCUGAGAAGACUUGUCUGUUGAUUGAUGUAGCUACUAGAAGACUCUGGGAGUUAAAUACUUUAAAUAGUGAUCCACUGGCUCAGACAUUUUCUUCUAAUAAUUUACUGUAUAAUGGUACUAGAAAAGGUCAGAUCCUGUCACAUGACCUACGAAGUUCAUCAACUCGACCAAUCCGCUGUAUGUCGCAUAAAUCUAGCAUAUCUCAUCUUUUACUCUCGUAUGAUGAGAAUUCUAUCUACGCUAGUGAUUUUACUGGACAGUUAAGAGUAUGGGAUACAAGGAAAAAUGCUGUUGUUAUGGAAUAUAGGGGUUUAUACAAUGAGUAUAAAAGAAUACCAUUUCAUAUUGAUGAGUCUAAUACGAUUAUUUAUGGAGCCGGUCAAGAUGGCUACACUAAAAUUUGGUGCGUGAAAACUGGAAAAAUGUUGCUGAAUCUUCCUCCUCCCUGCUCUGUUUCACUUGAUACCAUACCUGCUCUACAAUUCUCAACAAGAUGGGCAAAUAAACCUGGUAAUUCUGGACUACUGAUGGGACUGGGUGAUAAAAUCUACAUGUAUUCAAACUCUUAGCCAGUUUUUGGGUUUUCAGGCUGAGGAGCUUCCAAAAAAUAGAAGAUAGAGACUUUGAUUAAGCUUCCGUUUUCAAGAGACUAUGGACAGUAUCAAUGCAUUGUGACAACUUCCACAGUUUUUGUAUGGAUUUCUCAACGUACCACAUUAAUUUGGUUGCCCAAUACACUUGUUUGUGGAAUCAGUAAAUCGUCAGUUAUAAAACUAGUACUCU